UAAUAACAAUUUUUAAGAAAAUUAAAAUAAUCAAUAACUUCUUUUAAUAAUUUUUUUUAAAUGGAAGAUCAAUAUCAGACAAGUCCUAAUAAUAAAGACAAUAUGUCUAGAAAAAGCGAUGCAAGAUUGCUUACAGAUAAUAAAUUAAAUGCUAUAAUAGCCGACUUGAUAGAAAAGACUAAGAUUUUAGCUGAGGAAUUGAAAAAUUCUAACAAGAUAGCUGCUGAAUUAAUGCUUUAAAAUAGCGAGUUAAGAAAAAAGUAUUCAAAUCUAAAAGACAAGUUUUUACAGUUUUUAAAUGAUGAAGAAAUCAUAGAUUACAUGGAAUCAGAUCAUAAUUUGUAGCAAUCUAAUGGAAUUAUCUUUAAAUUAAAACAAUAUGAAAACUCAGUUUAAAAUUUGAAGACUGAUAACAUUAAUUUAGAAGCGAUUAACUAACAGUAGAAGCAGUAAAUAUCAGAUUUGUAGGUUAAAAUUAACAAUUUAGAGAAAUCUACUAAAGCAAGUGAAAUUUUAAAGAGUAUUGACUAAAAUAAAGAUAUGGAGAUUUAAAAUUUAAAAGAAUAAAUAAGAAUUUUGCAAGAUCAAUUAAAUGGCGUAGAUUAAUCUCACCAAUAAUCUUAAUAAGAGUACGUCUCUGAUAAUAAUUACUAUCAAAACUAAAUGUAAAAUCAAUAUGAAAGAAACAACCAGCAAUAGCCUAAAGAAAAAAUGACAAGAGCUUAUAGCUAGAUUUAGUUAAGCAAUUAUGACAAGAAUAAUAACAAUUUAAAUUCUACUAAAAAUAACGCUAAUUUUAUGAAAAAACAGUUAAACUAGUAAUAAGUAUAGAAUCCUUAAAGUGCUUACAAUAGCUCUGAGCAAUUUAGUGGUAGAGAUUUUUAGAAUAAUUUCAGCAAUCACUAAAUGAGCAACACUCCUAGCUAAUCAAAUUUAGAAAACUAAAACAAUGGCGUAUACUCAAAUAACUCCCGAAAACCCUUAUAAUAAAAAAAUAAUUACUAUAAUAGAAACUUUAAUGAAUAUAACGAAUUGUUAUAUUCAGAAUAAAAUCAUGAAAACUUAGAUUUAGAUUAUUAUCAACAAUCAUAGUAAAGAGAAGAAUAAGCUAAAAAUUCUUAGCAACAUUAAAUCUAAAAUAAGCAAUUUUAGAACUUAUAGAAUGCCUAGAUGCAUUAAUAGUAGGGCCAUUACAGCAAUACAUAUAAUUAAAAACAAUAAUUCUUAAAUACACCUUAAACUGCUUUUAACACUACUUUGCAAUAUACAAGUGAAAACUAAGAAAACAAUGGUAGUUUUGAAAAUCGCUAUUAGAACUCUACAGAAAGCAACAGAUUGAUUUUAUCAGGUGGAGCUGGUAAAUCGCUAAUUGAUCCUCAUAAACCAUUUGGAAGACAUUAAAAAUCACCAUCAUAUAUAGAUCCUCAAGCUGCAGCAAAAUAUGCAAGAUCUACUGUUUCUCUAAAAAAGAAUUAACCAACAUAAAAAGGAUAAACAAUGGCAUUAGGAAACAAUAAAAAAAAGAUGUGA